GGAUUGUCCCUUGGCCUAAGACGGCUUUCGACGUGCACAGUUUAACGAGGCAAGGACACGUCGUUGGAAUACUUUCUUGUUUGACAGUCAGUUUACAUAAAAUGGCAAGAGAUCCUGGCAAAUCGAGAUUCAUUCUUAUGCCUGUUGAUGGAUCUGACCACAGCAACAGAGCUUUCGAUUGGUAUUUGAAACAAAUGUACAAGGAAGGCGACCAUGUUGGCAUCCUUAACAUCGUGGAGCCUCCGAAAGUUCCUGCUUCCUUUAUGGUGAUGGGACCGCUUGUAACUCCAGAUGAAUGGCAUAAGCAGCUUCAUGAAAAUGUCGAGAAGUCAAAGAAAAUAGCCGACGAGUACAAAAAAAUGUGCGAGAAGGCUGGUGUGCAGUGUUCGGUGUUUGUGGAGGGGACAGAGGACAGUCCUGGCGAGAAGAUUUGCCAAGUUGUGAAAGACAAACAAGCAGAUGGUGUUGUUAUGGGCUCUCGUGGGAUGAAUCUCCUUCGCAGAACUUUCCUUGGUAGUGUCAGCUCCUACGUGAUGAACCAUGCUCACGUCCCUGUUGUGGUUACCCCACCCAAGGCUGAAGAAGGGUCUUAGCAAAGACAGCAAGGACACAUAUAGGACGUCACAGCUUAUCUGAACCACUAAUGGUUAAUAUUUUAGAGACUUCGGGACAUUGUCCUGAGUAUUUUGGGACUCUUUCUUUCAAGAUUCCAUAGAGAAAUUAUAAAUUCUACAUUCUUCUUGAA